UUUCACUCUAACCGAAAAGUGUUUUUCUUCCAGUAGCAUCUACAGUGGCUCAAACAUUUGAUAAUAAAUGCUCUAUUAACGUUUACACCGUAGUAGUAACCCCCCCUGAGGGAAGCACACUCAACAUUUCCUCGAACUGUCAAAAUCGCUUGUUGCUUCCUGCCCUAGCCUUAAAAGUAGUUAGCGAGCUAGCGUGUAGCGACUGAUAGCUUACUUUCACUGACAUCUGUUUUGAAAGCGAAAAAGUUUGCUGCCGAACGCAAAUAGAGGCAAGUGUUAGUCGAAGAACGUUUCUGCCGUCCUGUGCCGAACCGUGAGUCCCAUACCAACCGAAACAGCGCUCUCGAGAAACCGUUGGUAGCGGCUGAAGUGCAGCUGGAUGUGACAGGUUCGUCAUCAGGCAUGGACCUCCGGCAGAAGCAGUCGAGAGCUCGCGAGGAAUGACAGCAGAACACAUGGUCAUUAACUCCUGUCGCUGAGGCUGAGGGGAGAGCUGCGCUGUAGCUCCGCGUCACAGAAGCACCGGGAGCGUCCUGCGUUUGGGACAGCAGACAGACAGACAGACACAGAGCUACGGGACCCCCGGUGAAAGGAGAUCACUGACAGAAAGUGCCUUGUGAGACAGCAUCCCUACUUGAAGAUCGCUGAGUGUUUCCGAAGAGCUCCAGAUUUUUUUUUUUCCCCCCCUGCGAUCGUGACGGCACACGGCUUGGCUGUGAGGAUCGCUGACCCUUGAUUUGUCCUUACCUGUGAUCUGUGUGAAGGAAAAGUAAAGAGCUGCUGGAGCUGCUGCAUAGCUGGCCAACGUGCCAAAGCUCAGAGAGAGUAACAAUAAAAAGCCACAAACUUUGUAUUAUCCUGAACUGUGCCAUUGUACCUCAAAAUAACCCUGAUAUCCACCCCUUGCAAAGAUAUCAUCACUCACGCAGAGGACAUUUUGGGGACACGGGUACAUUGACUAAAGCUUUUCUCUGAGCAUGCCCCCUCUGCCUUUCCAGACGUUCGCACCUGAGACUUACUGAUUGAUAAACAACUAGCUGUUUGACUGAGAAACUCCACAAUAGCGCAAUAGUGCAGUCCCAUGCUCAGGUCACAGAGACUUUGCCAGUCCAUUACCUCCACGUUCCUGUCUGCAAGGACAAGCCUGAUCCACUGACCUAAAGCAGAUCAUUUAUAGCUACACGUUCUACCGCUUCUUAGUUCUUUUGUUUUUUGGGGAUUUUUUUGUUUUUGUUUGGGUUUUUUUAACUGGAGUGCUCCUCUUCAGAGGAUAACCUCCACAUUACACCUAGUGGCUCUGCUGCAACCCGGCUCUGCUGCAACCCGGCUCUACAGCCAGCGCUGUUGACAUGGCUCUAAACAUUGCCUCCAUACGGGACACAAAAUGGCUGACCCUGGAAGUGUGCCGGCAGUUUCAACGUGGGACUUGUUCACGCAGCGAUGAAGAAUGCAAAUUUGCCCACCCACCCAAAAGCUGCCAGGUGGAGAAUGGGAGAGUGAUCGCCUGCUUUGACUCGUUAAAGGGUCGCUGCACACGAGAGAACUGCAAAUACCUCCACCCACCUGCUCACCUGAAGACCCAGCUGGAGAUCAACGGGCGAAAUAACCUGAUCCAGCAGAAGACAGCUGCCGCCAUGUUGGCUCAACAAAUGCAGUUUAUGAUCCCCGGCACCACCAUGCAACCUGUGCAGACGUUUCCAGUCAGCCAGGGGCUGGGGUCCAGCGCAGGUUUAAGCUACACACCCUACCUGACUCCCAUGUCCCACAGCAUGGGUCUGGUGCCAACAGACAUCCUGCCCAGCACUCCGGUUAUCGUCCCCGGCAGCCCGCCCGUCUCCGUGACCGCUGGCUCUUCCUCCAACCAGAAACUUCUGCGUACUGACAAGCUGGAGGUUUGCCGCGAGUUCCAACGGGGCAACUGCGCUCGCGGCGAGACAGACUGCCGUUUCGCCCACCCAAGCGACAGCCCCAUGAUCGAUACCAGCGACAACACGGUCACCGUGUGCAUGGACUACAUCAAGAGUCGCUGCUCUCGCGAGAAGUGCAAGUACUUCCACCCCCCCGCCCACCUGCAGGCCAAGAUUAAGGCCGCCCAACACCAGGCCAACCAGACAGCUGUGGCUGCGCAAGCUGCUGCCACAGCUGCAGCCAUGACUCAGUCGACUGCCAAAGCAAUGAAGCGACCCCUCGAGGCAACUGUAGACCUGGCGUUCCCCCACGGCGUCCUCCAGCCCCUACCAAAGAGACCAGCACUUGAGAAGAGCAAUGGAGCGAGCUCCCUGUUCAACCCCAGUGUUUUGCACUACCAGCAGGCGCUGGCCAAUGCACAGCUCCAGCAGCCCGCUUUCUUUCCCACAGGGUCAGUCUUGUGCAUGACUCCCGCUAGCAGUCUUGUCCCAAUGAUGUACAGUGCUACGCCUGCUACUGUCUCUGCAGCAACAACUCCUGCCACAAGUGUCCCCUACGCAGCAACAGCACCAGCCAAUCAGAUUAUCCUGAAGUAAGUGUCAGGAAGGGAACGGAGUGUCAAGAAGCUGCACUAGGAAGCCCAAAACAUCCCCUCUGUAAAUACUACCUAACCUCUCCCAUAGAGGUCCAGCAACCUGCAUGCUAAGAGUGUAACACUUCAAUUUAACCAUAAGAACUGCAGUACCGGUGUAACACACACACACACACACACAGGAAAAAAUAAAAAGAUAUAUACUGUAUGUAUUGCUAGAAAAAAACUAUUAACAAUAAAACGUCAAAAAAUAUUCUUAUGUAUAGUACAUACAUAGCAAACACACUAUAGAGGUCAUUUUAACAACUGUUCUCUCAGAAUACCGUGGAUCUCCUCUUCUUGCAUAUUUAUUCUAAAAACCAACCUGCACAAUAUUCAUCCCUUUGGUUAGUCAAGAAAAACACAGAUGUUUGAUUUGCACUAUAUGAAAGUAUAGUGUUUAAUGUUGAAGACAAGGAAGAGUCACAGAAACCCCAUGCACAACACACCUACGCACGCGAUGCUUUCACGAGGGUUUUUCGUCUUGCGGUCGUUGCUUUUCUCUCUGCAAAAGUUGAAUGUCCUCGGGGCAGCCAGGCUCAUGAGCUCUUCGUGUGAUUGUCCCUGCGAGGGCUCCUCCGCGACCCUCAUCUGCCACCCGAUGCUGUUAAGAUGCCAUGAUGAAGCUCGUCCCUCCCUUCCCUCUGCCAACUUUUCAUCUCUGGAAACAUCUUGCCAAAGUUGAGGCUUGGAAGAGGUCACUUUUUUUUUUCUUUUGCCAUUGCCCACACUGCAAAUAGGACCUACUCGCCAUCUUUUUUAGUUGCGUUGCUGGGUUCAGAUCUUUGAUAGAUUGUGCAUGCAGUCGUGACAGGAGAAGUCGGAAGAUAGUCGUGGCCAUUACCGAAAAAGCCUGAAGGCUGGGGUGUGUGCCAAGGGCUCAGCAAAGCGCGAGGGUUUGUUCCAGACAUGCCAAGCCUUGUGCGUGUGUGUGCGUGCGUGUGCAUGUGUGUGUGAGUGUUAGAUACUGAUGGUCUGCCGGCAGACUGGGACUUAAAGUGGAAUCUGGCACAUGAUGGUGACACCAAGCCUGGUAGGAGAGCUUUUUACCUGGAGGAGGGUGAAGGAUUUAAGUGCUAAGACUUAAAAAUAAAAAAACAAACAAAAAAAAACAGUGCAUUCGACGACACUCGUCAAGCAAACAGAUGACUUGAACUUCGACUGGAGGGCUAUCUGUGACCGUCGGUUGUUCUGUCCAACCCUACUAUCACCGAUAAUCCUGUUCCAUUUUAGAAAACUGUAGAAGUGCCUAAAAAAAUUACUCAUCAACAACACGUGCAUCCAGAGUGUAUCACUAAAAAGUCACAGACACAACACACUGGGCUGUUGGGAGCUACACAGACUCUUUGGGGAAAAGACAUCACACUUUUUGGCGUCCCUGGAAGGAGAUUUCCAGCUAAGCGCUCAUUAACAUCACAAGUGACUUUACUGAAAAAGAAACGUAAGAAACGACAAAUCAAAAAUAGCUUUGUAGAAUGUUUGGUGACUUUCACAGUGUACCAUUGUUUCUUACCAUGGUUCUGAGUAGUUUACAUGAGGAACGUGAGUGAGACAAACAUGUAUUGUAAACUGUGUAAUGUAUGUAAAGUGUCUCUUAUUUUGAGAGUUUAUAUUCAUGGUUCUAGAAAUGUAUUCAAAGUUAUUUAAGAGUUUGUGUUGUGUCUACUAUCAAAGUAUGUUUGAACCUCCCCCCCUCUCUAAAAAAACCCCUCCACCUCCUGGAACAAUCGUUUGUUUUUAUUUUUUUAGAGCAUAAAAUGUUAUUUUGUCAUUUUACACCCUUUUUUUCGUUUUCUUUUUUUUUGUAUUUUGUCGACUAGCAGUGUAUUUUAACUCAUAAUACUAAAUUUUAUUUGACAUUCUUCAAAAUUCGGAUGUAAUUUCAUGGUGCUUGAUUAACAUCGACAAUCCACAAUCAUGCUUUUUUUUGAGUUUCAUUCACUUUGAAUGUCCUCACACACGUUCUGAUCUGUGUGUAAUAUUUGUGGAAGGUGGUGAAAAAAAAGUUCUAUUUUGUUGUAAUUUAUCUUAUGUUACUCUUGGUCAAAAUUUUAGUCAGAAAAAGAAAACACAAUGUUGUAAACUAUUCUAUUUUGAAAUGAAUGUAAUUUAUUGAGCUGUGCUACGUUCUGCACGGUUGGUCAUUUCAAGGUCUAACCCGUAGGGGGCCGGCGAAUGAGAAGUUGCGCACGUCUUGAGUGGGAGGGGUUUAAAUGUCGACCCGCCCUCACCCCCCCCUCGAUGGAAAGCUACUGGACCUUUCUUGCCUUCUCAUCCAUAGAAACGAUCACGGUGUUGCAGUAAUGAGCAUAGUUAUAGAGUUGCUUGUGUUGUUGGGAAAAAAAAUGUUUAUUGUAUAGAUGACAUUUUACCAAAAAAAGCAAAGAAAAAUUCAAAAAAGAUGUACUUUUCACUCUAGUAUAAUAGUAUUUCAUAACAUAAGUUGUUGCAGUGGCAACCAGAUGUUGCAAUUACUAAAGUUGGGUAUUUUUGUAAAUGACAUUGUUAAGUUGGUUUUUGUUUCUUUUUUUUCUUUGCUAGAACACUGUACAAGGUAGAUUGUAAAGAAGAUAUGAACAUUUGUUAUUCUUCUCUGAGAUUAUGACAAUGACCUAAUAUUUUCAUUAGUAAGUAACAGCCUCUAUAGUGCUGUGACUGUAACACUUAGAGAUAUAAAAUUCAUCAAUGUUACAUAGAUUACAUAUAAAUAUAUAUAAAAUAUAUAUAUAUAUAAAUAUAAGAACUAAAUAAUCUAUAAAUUAAUAAGAUGUUCAACUUUCCCCCUGACAAAGGACCUUUAGGUUCCACACGGAUACAUUUUAUUCGAGGCUUAUGUAUCACUAGUCUUUAGGAUUGCACUUUCAUAUUGUUUAUUGAUCUGUUCUGUUUUUCACUUCCUUCAAGGGUAAAUCUGUUCAUCAGUGAAUGGCAGAUAUUACCAGUAAAUGACUUCAAUUCAACACGUUGCAUGAGAGAAAACAAUCUUUUCUUUUCUUACUAAAUUAUAACGUACUGAAUGUUUCUAGUGAAUAAAAAAAAAAUGUCUGUACACAAAAUGUCCUUAUUUGGUGCCCCCUGUGUAUGGACUUUCUCUUGAAAUGUUUUUUUUAAUGUGUUGGCAAUGAUUGACUGAUGGUAAAAGCACUUUCUGAGCAGUUGGCCGACUGAGCAGACUCAGCUUUUCCAAACACUUUGCCUUAUCUUGAGUCCAUCGUACUUAAGGUUUUAUGUUUUAAAGAGCUCUUAUGAAAUUUAUUAAAGAGACCUAAGUGGGUCUCUGUCUUUCUCUUCUCAAAUCCCUUCAGAGUUUCAUUUGAACUAUGAAUCUUUAUAUCGAAAAUCAUUUUUUUUAAGGUUCUAACGUAUGCGUCACAAGGCCAAAAGUGGGAGGAGACUGCAGCAGAGCAAACAGUCACCGAUCUUUACUUCCUGUCUCCCAAAUCUGUGAGUGAAAUCUUUUGGGUCCCGUUGCCUUACAAUGGAACAUGCAAUUCACAGCUUUAGCCAGCAGAGGACACUACAACGGAGACUGCAGGUUAAGAAGUGUGACUGCCUGUGUCAUCAUUGUUGCAGUGUGCCUCACCAACAAAGUCAAGACAUGAAAACCAAUUGACAAGAAGACCCACGUCAGAUUUCUAGUUUCAGUGUAAUCAUUUUUAAGUGUUUUUUUUUUUUGCAUAUAUUUUGUGCUACUUUAUGUUUCUAUAGUCAAAUGUUUCUUUGGUUCCAGCAAGAUAGUGUAAAAUCUAUUGAAAGAAAGAAAUAAAGAAAAUCAAAGUAA